AUGGAUUUACAUGAACAGUCACCUUGUGAUAAAGAUUUCAUAAGCACAGCAACAUCAACAUUAAGAAAUACGUUAAGUCAACUUCAAGAUUUAAACUCGUCCACACAAUCAAGUGCGGAUUUGAGUCCUCAAACUGAAAGUCAAGAAGCACAACUACCUGUACCUCGACCUGUACUAGCACCGAGUGUAGUACCUCAACAACCAGUUUACAGAACACUUAGUUGA